GUGGAUGUUUGUGAGCGCGCGUCUCCGCGUGUUAGCGGCGGCGGCGGCGAGGUCUCUGGCUGGGCUCGCCUUGCUGCUGCGCUGUUCCCGGGAGUGAGGCGGGGAGGCGGAGGCGGAGAGGCGGCGCAGCUCGGGAGCAGGAGCAGCAGCAGCAGCUGGGCUUUCUUCUUCUUGCGUUCGUGGCUUCGUGUCGCGGCGGGGUGUGCGUGUUUUCGGGGUGGGGGUGGGGGCUGUGCCUCAACCAGUUAGGAAGAAUGACUCUGGAGUCCAUCAUGGCGUGCUGCCUGAGCGAGGAAGCCAAGGAAGCGCGCCGGAUCAACGACGAGAUCGAGAGGCAGCUCAAGCGGGACAAGCGGGACGCCCGCCGGGAGCUCAAGCUACUGCUGCUGGGUACAGGAGAAAGUGGCAAGAGCACAUUUAUCAAACAAAUGAGAAUCAUCCAUGGUUCUGGAUACUCUGAUGAGGACAAAAGGGGCUUCACAAAGCUUGUGUAUCAGAAUAUAUUCACAGCAAUGCAGUCUAUGAUCAGAGCUAUGGAUACACUCAGAAUCCCAUACAGCUAUGAACAUAAUAAGGCUAAUGCACAGCUAGUUCGAGACGUUGACAUAGAGAAAGUGUCCUCAUUUGAGAACCCUUAUGUAGAUGCAAUAAGGUAUUUAUGGAAUGACCCUGGAAUCCAAGAAUGCUAUGACAGGCGGCGAGAGUAUCAAUUGUCAGAUUCUACUAAAUAUUAUCUUAAUGAUAUGGACCGUAUAGCUGAUUCUGGCUAUCUACCUACCCAACAAGAUGUGCUUAGAGUCCGAGUUCCAACUACAGGAAUCAUUGAAUACCCAUUUGACUUGCAAAGUGUCAUUUUCAGAAUGGUGGAUGUGGGGGGGCAGCGAUCAGAGCGAAGAAAAUGGAUACACUGCUUUGAAAAUGUCACCUCUAUCAUGUUUCUAGUAGCCCUUAGUGAAUAUGAUCAAGUACUUGUGGAAUCAGACAAUGAGAAUCGAAUGGAGGAAAGCAAAGCAUUGUUUAGGACAAUUAUCACAUAUCCCUGGUUUCAGAACUCUUCAGUCAUUCUGUUCUUAAAUAAGAAAGAUCUUCUAGAAGAGAAAAUAAUGUACUCACAUCUAGUUGACUAUUUCCCCGAGUAUGAUGGACCUCAGCGGGAUGCACAAGCGGCAAGGGAGUUCAUCCUGAAGAUGUUUGUUGACCUGAAUCCAGAGAGUGAAAAAAUUAUCUACUCCCACUUCACGUGUGCCACAGACACGGAGAACAUCCGGUUUGUCUUUGCUGCUGUCAAAGACACUAUCCUACAGUUGAACCUGAAGGAGUACAACUUGGUCUAACUGUGCCUCUAAAGUCUCUACCACCCCUUAUUCCCCCUUUGGGCAAUGGAAGAUAUUCAAGAGGGACUGUAUUAUCUGUGAAAACAAUCUGCAUAAUACUAAUUUAUUACUGGCCUGGACUCUGUGAAUGUUCACAGGGUUUAUAGUAAAUAUGAUUUUAUUUAAACAUUGCGGAGGAAAAACAAAAGAUGCUGAACUACAUUCACAGCACAUUUCCUCAUUUUUUAAGUCAAAACUUUGUGACUCGAUGUGUGUUAAAUUCUCAGUCGUGCACACACAAAGGAUAGGACUUGGAUGAUCUUUGUUUGUUUGUUACUGAAGCAAAAUCAAGUUGGUCUCUCCUCCCUCUUGGUCUAUGUCUUAAGUUGGUGUCUCUCCCCUCUUGUCUUAAGAGGUACAGUGGCCUUUUACCCAAGUUUCAUUCUUUCAUUUCCUCUAUAGCGAUAUGGUCAGCGAAAAGCUCUCUCUAGAAUUUAAGCCAUCAGUUGUUCUGAUUUUUCAGUAACUAUUUUUGGAAGGAUCAAAAGUAUUGAUGCGCUUAACUUUCUUUUGUAUUUCAUUUACUUUUUGGCAGAGAUGUCAAAUACAUCUGCUUCUUGGUACUGUCUUUGCACUGAAGGCUAGGGAGUGUUGUUCAGUGGCAACAUGAAUUGUAGCAGUGUUACAGAAUUUGCCUUUAAUUUUCUCAUGGAAACUUGGCAAACUGUGCAGAACACAAUAACAAACAACUAAGACACAAAAGCAAAUAAGGAAAUAGGAUAGCUUUUUUAAUUUCCAUGUGCCAUAACAAAAUUUAUCCUCCCACUUUUUUAUUUUUAUUGCUUCCUAAUCACAGAUGCCAAACAGAUGUCAUGGACACUACAGUAGCCUGGAAGUUUUUGUUUUUUUAUUUUAAUUAAUCAGACCUUCUCGAUUUCUCUCACCAUUUCAAGCCUAUUUUUACUGUCUACCAGGUUUUACAUUGCCAGAUCUGGCUUUAAAAAUAUAUAUGAAAGUGUAAGUUACUGAUUUUAAAGGUCAAGUUAACUGAUUGGGAAUCUGUCUGUUCCAGAUGACAGCCAAAUGUUGAAGCAGCUAGAGUUCAGCUUCUCUGUUCCCUGUUUGUAUUGGGAAGCAUUCCUUUGUCAAUGCCAAAAACUGCUGCAGUGUGAGUGAAAAUUUUAUUUGGUGCUACAUACAUACGGCCUGCUAAUUCAAAGUCAGUUUUACUCUUGUGUAGGUGACAUAGCAUUCCACAGUAUUUCUUUCUUCUUCUUCUUAAUUGAAAAACACAAAAUUGGAAGUAAAACAUCCUUGAUAUGGUUGCUUAAUUGGUUUAUUUGGGGAUUUCUAAAUAGGACCUGGCCUUAGAAUUGUUACUGUAUGUGAAAUGACUGGGGGAAAACAUGUCGGAAGGUGAAGGCUGCAGCCCUAUGCGCAUGUCCCAUUGAGCGCAAUUUAUUCUGAGUAGACAAGUAUGGGAUUGUAAGUAUACCUAUUUUUAACAAUAUAAAGGGUGGAGAGAUAAGACUGCAUAUGCCUUGAUGAGUAUCUCUUUCACAUCAUGGAUUGAAAGAUAAUUGUUAGGCUUUGUGUAAAUAAGAUUACUGUCAGAUUGCAAAAUUGUGUAUGAAGGUUAGAAAGAGCAUAUGUGAAAUUGACUAACUUUUUCUAAAAUGCCAUGUUGCAGCCCUUUAGUAGAAACUGUAGCUCAGCAGCAGCAUUUGUGGCAGAGGGGCAGUGAGAAUGGUGUACUGAUUUAGUACCAAGGUUUAACUGUGGCUGCAAUCUACCAAGCAUUAUUUUCAGUGGCACUGGUGCAAGAUUCCCAUUUACAAUGAGUGUGAGUGUUAGUGCACCCGUGCUUGGUGGAUACUUCUCAAUGAUUUUUAAUGAGAUGCUGUUCACACUUAACUUUUUCCCAUUAAAAUUAAUGAAAAGUUGAGCUGCUUUUGUUCCCUCAUAAUGAAACAUCUUGUAAUUUAAAAAUGGUUGUAGGUAUAGUGCAAUUAUGAAUGCUAUAAUCAUUGUACACACACACAUACAUACACACAAAAAACAUAUACAUAUAUAUAUAUAUAUAUGGCAGCAUCCAUAUUGGCUUUGUAAUCAUUAAUUUUUGGCAGAUUGAAUGUGCUGUAUUGAUAUGUAUCUAUGUAAUUGUAAUGUAUGUCUUAUAGAUAAUUCACAUUUUAAAUAAUGUUAUUUUAUUUACUUUUUUAAGAGAGAAGAAUGUAAUUUUUGUCAGUUUAUUUCUGACUAGGGUUUUUUAUUUUUAUUUACAAAAAUAAUGAUUAUAGUGCAGAGCGGUACUAGCAUCGUGCUGUGUCAAAUCACUUGCACAGCCUGAAAAGAAGUGGACUGAAAACACACACGCACACACAAAGUCAUUGAUGUUUCUAUACAAGUUUUCAGAAGGUUUCACUCUUGAGGUAGCUUUCUUAGAAGAAAAUGUGCUGCUGGGCUGCAUUGAUCUUUGGUAAAUGAAAAGAAGGUUGGUUUACCUCCCUGACUUUGCAAACUUUUUUCUUCUUCUUUUAACCACCAGGUUAUGCUCUACAGCAGGCAUACCCAAACUUUGGCCCUCCAGAUGUUUUGGACUACAAUUCCCAUCUUCCCCGACCACUGGUCCUGUUAGCUAGGGAUCAUGAGAGUUAUAGGCCAAAACAUCUGGAGGGCUGCAGUUUGGGGAUGCCUGCUCUACAGUCACCAUAUAGUUGAGAUCUAUAUGGUACCAAUCUUGUGUGAGUUCAACACACUUCUGGCUGUUCAGAAACUGUGUGACUGGCAAACUUGCUAUUUUCUUGGCCUUGUCUUUUGUGUGUGUGGUGAUGAGACAACUUGGAGUACAGUAUAUUGAACCCAUUCACAAGCGUGGAUCUCAUAGAUCUCCAAAUGCAACAAAGUGAGUAGGAAGGACUGUUUUGGUUCCACUCUUGUGCUGCUUCACACAUGCCAGCCUUCCUACAUGAACAUCUCUUCAGUGUAGGGACAAACAUAUAUAUACUACUAUUAUACUUUCAUGUGUGGUGAGCAAUGUGUGCCUAUAUCAUUGUGUGCAUAUGAUGAGAAGCUGAGAUACAGAUAUGGUUGUAUGUAAGGGGGCCCUUAUGAGAUGGUUUUAAUACCCACCUCAGUUCAUUAUGCAAAUAAAAUUAUUGUGCAUACAUUACUACUUCCCUAAAUAUGCCAUAUUCCAGAAUUUAGUUUGUCAGACCCAACAGUGUAACAUUUGAAAGGUUUUGCCUUUCUUUAAAUAUAUAGCAAAAUUACCACUUAUACAGCUCUAAAAAGUAUUUAUGUUACAGAACUAUAAAUGAGAGGCAUAGAAUGUGAAAAGACACUAAAAAUUGGUGGAAUGGGAAGGAAAUGAUACUUAAGACUUUACUAACAACAUUGUGAAAUUUGUCCUAAUUUUUCUAUAAAACAAUGGAUAUAAUACAGCAGGAACUGUUGCUUAUGCAACUGCCAUUCAUUUCUAUCAAGCUAAAGUAUGUCCCCACACUAUUAUUUAUCAUUUAUAAUAGCAUUUUAUUUUCAGUUUGUACUGUGGUCUCCUCAGAAUAUUUAAAUAAAGUAAGAUGUUCAUGGGAACUGAAUCUCCAAAUAGCAUUGGAUUAGACAAAAAAGCUCAGCCAGACUGUGAAACUUUGCUGCGCAAGAUUCUUUUUGGAGAAGAUGAACAAGCCGUGACAGCCAGACCCAGAAGUGACCCACGUUGGGCUAGCUGUGCUUAUCUGUCUCAUCUGAAGCCACCUUGAAGUAGUGACUUGCUACGUGACAAAUCUGCAUAUAGCAAUGUUGGAUCUGAAGCUAGGUCUACCAGAUCUUUAUGUGGUUGACCAGGCACUUGUGAUCUUCACUGGGGUUUGUGAUGCAUUAAUUUUGGUGGCUUCUGCUCAGUCCUGGAUUUCUCUUCCCACUAAAUGUGAGAACGCAUGACAACAUUCCUUCUCUUUAACAGGGAAUAAAUUUCUUUAAAUAAGCUACAGAAAGGAAAGAAUGGAGGAGUCUAAAAGAUUAUUUGGGGUGACAGUAUUUUAUUAUUAUAAUUAUUAUUAUGGGUCUGGUGGGGGGGAGUUUUAAAACUUGUAUAACAAGGAAUCAAAGUUUACUUAUGUCUCCUCAUUGUAUUACAUUGACGUACUCCUCAUUGAUGUACCACUAGCAUCUUCUAGGAAAAGUUAAGACUUGUGACAAAUGUUUAGAGCAUUGGAUCAUCUUGUUGGUUGAAAGAAGGGAGACUUGGGUGUGCUGAGGCAGGCUUCCCUUGAAUUGCCAUUACAACAUUGCCAUGUGCCAGUUCCUCACAGCCACUAUUUUUCCUUUUGAAAUGACACUGCUCUUCCCACUUGUAAGUUAUACUGCUCAGAUGUAUUUUUCUUUCAUAAAUGGUUGGUUAUUUUCUGCUAUGCCUUACAGGUUUUGAGCCCUGACAUUUGUGCCUCUUAGCAGGGAGCUGGAAGAAAGCUAACAAAAGAUGUGUAUAUUUGCCAAAGCAUUGUAACAUGGCAUAUCAUAAAUGGACCAAAAGGAAGCUGCUUGGAAGGGUGUGUCCUUGAUGCUCAUUAGGAGUACUGUCCUCUAGCUAUAAAGUUGUGCACAAUCCCUUUUAGAGAUCAUAGAAGAUGAGCAAGUGCAGCUCCCAUUCAACUCAAUGGGGCUUGUGCAGAAGAAACAGAAUUGUGUCCUAGCACAUAAAACGUAUUAAUAUAUGAGAUGUUCAUGGGUAGCUUAAAAACACCAACAUGUAAAACUUGCUUUUCUCACAAGAUGGCUGGUGCUCUCCAGAUAUAUGAAGGAUAAGCACAUGAACAAGGUCAUUUCAUUUUUUAUUUUUCAAAACUACUUUGCCAAGAUUAUAGGAAUUGUUUGUUUUUAGUUAUGCCAUCACAUUAGUAUAGUUUUUCCCCCAACCCCAAGUUUGAAAGUGGAGCAGACUUUUUUUUAAAAAAAAAACCAAAAUGUGGGAAUAUCAAGUUGGAACUGAGUGCAUGAUUUGCAAACAAAAAUCGCACAGGGAGGGAAAGGGUUGCAUAUUAAGUGACUUCUAGGAUCUCCCAGCCUUUGGUUGUAAGAUGCAAAUUACUUUUAACUUAAUGAUUGACUUUUCCCAUUGGUUUUGCAUUUCUCACAAAAGCCUGAAAUGAUAGAAAAUCAAAUGUUAACACACAUGAAAAAAAUAAAAUGUACCCAAAUAAAUUAUAAUGAUGUGUUGCUCUUCUUGAAAAAUAUAUAUAUAUAUUUUCAGUUAUAA